AUGGGACACUGCUCAGUGACAGACGCAUACACGAGGCGGUUCAAUGAGGCCAUAAGGGACAUCCCACGGAAGUUCAAGUGCGUGGACGACACACUCUUAUACGCAGCAAGUGUUGAAGAAGCAUUCUGGCAUGCGUAUGACUUUCUUGAGACUUGUUCUCGCGCUGGCAUCACACUGAAGCCAGAAAAGUUCGCCUUCUGUAGGAGUGAGAUCGACUUUGUAGGCUUCCGCCUGGACUGGCAUAGCUACAAGCCUACUGAAGACUGCUUGUCUGCCAUUAAAACCUUUGCGAUGCCUGACAAACCCACGAUUAAGGACAUCGGGUCGUGGUUUGGAUUAGUCAAUUAG